CCCUCACUCACCGGACCACCCACGACACCCACCCCUCACGCAAACCAGACAGCCCUCACCCCACUCACGGACCACCCCCUCACCACCCGACCCCAGCAUCCAGAGGAAAUCGCGAAACCCAUCUCAGACGACAUCGCGAACUCUUCGAAGAAGAAAUCGUGAAACCCCAGACGAGAUCGAGAAACCCCCAUUCGCGACACCCCCAAACGAAACCCAGAUCCAAAACCUUAAAAAAAGAUGGCUCCUGAACUUAAACUUCCAAUUACCUCUCAUUUCACGGGACGUCUUACCUAUCGGGGUACAGAUAGGUUCAGAUAUAUCAAGGCCAAGUUUACUGAGAUGGAUUUGGUUGAGACAGUGAAGGCUAGUCCUUUCGGACACUUUUGGGAAGCUGGAGAGUUAACUUUCUCUGGCGCGUUGGUCCACAGCCUCCUCUUACGAAAAAUGAAAGUGGACACAGAAAAGGAGGAUGAGGUUUGGUUUCAUGUAGGGAGAAAUGACAUGAGAUUCGGACGGAUAGAGUUUGGACUCAUUACUGGCUUACCUAUGGGUAGUGCCCCUACGGAGGAGGAAAUACACGCCAAGUCCAACGACCAUCUAGUUCGGACUUAUUUUGAAGGGAAGAGUUCUGUUCAGUUGGACUCCCUUAUGAUCCAACUUGAGAGGUGCGAAGAUAAAGAUGAUGCCUACAAGCUUGGAUCGAUCGCUUUCAUUGAAGGUGUAUUAGUAUCAAAGGAGGGCAAUGUCCAAGUUUGGCCUGAGAUGUUGAAGUUUGUUAACGAUCUCGACUUCUUCUUUAAGUAUCCGUGGGGCGAGCGCGCUUUUCGUAAGCUGAUGGAGACAUUAGGAAAGAAUAUGCAACAUUACAAGGAUAAUGUUGACAAGAAGAAGGGGAAGAAGAUUGCUCAGGAGGCAAAGUACACGGUUAGUGGCUAUGUACCGCCUUUCGAUCGGGCAUACGAAGCAAUUGAGAAGUUGGGGAAGAAGUAUGCCCACUGCAACGGGACCAAGUUCCCCAGAAUGUUGAGCUGGAAAACACCGGAGGGCCAGCGGAAACAAGAUGUCAAGGCAACCGACAUUGCACUGUUAUUCAACAGUCGGAAGUGCUUGUUUCCCCGGCCCGUUGAAGAGGCAUACUUCAAGAGUAUUAAUGAGGGUAGAGCCCCUCUUUGCGUUGAGAUGGACGUAGAACAGACGGUGGACGUUGAUGGUACACAAGAGUCUGUGUUUGAAACUCAAGCGAAGACCAUCAACGAGGCCGUGACAAAGGCAAAUUUAGUUCCACCACCACCGGCACCUGAAGUACACGAGCCAUCUACUUCACGGGUCCUUCGCUCCAACCGCAUAACUGUGGAUACUGACCUUGUAAAGAGGUUGGAUAGCAUUGAGGCCCGGCUAGAGAAGCUUGAGUCCCAGCAAGAAGCCGUCAUGUUGGCACAGACGGGGUUAGUAAAUAGCCAUCUCAGUAUGAGGCGGUCCUUCACAGAGAGUCAGAAAGAUCUGAAGGAGACUCUACUGGCUAAGAUGGACGAGUUGAUGGCUAUGGUAAAAGGACCGCCCACACCUGCAGAGCCCACACCUGCACCGCAAAAUGAGGAACAACAGGCGAGUGAUAACGAAGAUGUCUUCCCAGAAGAUUGGGAAGCAGAUGAUAACGAGGCACCGUCAACUCCAUUGGACGCAAUCAUCACGGCCAUUGGGGAUACACAAUCACAGGACGAAGUCCUACUUCUACCUGCACCCCCAGAAAAUGUGCCAUUUGUGAGGAAGAGGAAGCCGCCAACGUACUUGAACGACUACACUGCGGAAAAGAAAAAGAGGCGAGUUCUUCCAGAGAACGUAGACCCGGAGAGACCAGCAGACCGUAGAUUGCUUCGUACGUUCAAGAGGUGGUUGAUUGGAGACAUUCCCAAUGCUCGACCUAGGAAUGUGCACACCGGUGUUGGCGAUGUGAAGUUCUUCACAGUUCUGUAUCUUAGGUCAGAGUGGCUUCACGAUGGGCACAUAGAUGCCAUAUCACACUUGAUGAGGAGGAGACGCCAUCAUUUUCCAGAGUUGUACCCUCAGCCAGGUGUGAUUCUGGACACAACACUUCCACAAUUCCUCAUAGGCAUUUGGAGCUGCCAUGCUGGUGACAGAAGUACGUUCGAAUGGCCAGAUGCGGUGAACCAGUACUAUCUGGGUAUGGAGAGCCGUUACAUGCCAUGUUGGAAGGAUUUGAACUUCAUAUACUUCGUCCUGUACUUCGAUCAUCAACAACAUUGGGUUGCUGUUGAGGUAGAUAUUGAUAUGUGGCAGAUUCGGGUGUACGAUAAUGAUUUAUCAUGCACCACCGAAGCACAGUUUGAUGCCAUCAUGCUACCUUGGACUGAGUUGUUUCCACAUCUGCUGAGGUCUACUGGCUAUUAUGAUCAGGUCAACAACAACAUUCUGAAUGUGGACUUAGGGGACAGUAGCCAACUGAAAGCAAUGCAUGCUAGACGCAUGCCAAGUGAGGUGGUUCCCCAAAGUAAAACAAGUGGUGAUUGCGGGGUGUAUGCACUUGAGUACAUCGAACACCUCAUGCUGAAUCGGUCCUUGGACAACAUUACAGACGAUAGCAUGAGAAUGUUCAGAGAUCGGUGGUGUGUAGACUUGUUUUAUCAGAACUUAACUUGGUAAAAUAUAAUUUAAAAGGGUUGUAAAUUUUUUGUAUUAUAGACGAUAGUUGUUUUUAGUACUGUACAGUUUUUAUAUAUGGAAAAGUGUUCAAUUUAAAAACUUUA